AUGGAGGAAGCGAUUUUGAAACGGCAUCCCCCCACGGCGACCCACCAACAAAAUCAAAGCAACAUUCCCAUCAACGGAAUUUUUACCACUACAGGUGUUCCGGUUCUGGCUGGUGGCUAUUACGCAUUUGGUGAAUUUGUUGAAUCAGACCACAGGGCACUAUGGAUCAAUAUCGACUUGAACACGGCUUUGGGCAAUUUCACACCCCAGGGGUCUACCUUUAAACCUCGGAAGCUCACCCUUUUGGAUAAGCGGUCGGUUAAACCUUAUCUUCAACUGGCCCACUUGGGAUACGAGGAGUAUGACAUCCCGUCCCGUCUUACCAAGCUCAAUCAGCGCAUUGAAUCCAAUGGACGACAGAUGUCACCUUCACUGGCACGCAAAUAUAACUGCCUUCACUGGCAGAUGUAUAUGAUACGGCGGCAUGCUGAAGACAAUUGUCGCACUACCUCAUCUGGCAAGGUUCCUUGGUCUCCCAAAUUACAGGGCUUCUGGGAUUGGUUGAGCCUCUGGAAGCUACUCCUUAAAGGACGCAAGCAAUGUCGUGUGAGCUCCCAAAAGGUCCGGCGCCUGAUGAAGAAGACAAGGCUGUGCAAUGCGUGGAAGAAGACAACUGAUGAUCUGGAAGUGGCAUUGACAGCUGAACCUAGGACAUACAAGCAAGCCAAACGUCAGGCAACCCAAUUGAGAUGGGACUUCCUUACGGUUCAGACAAAGGAUGCAAAGAAGAAGAAAUGGAAAUCCCAGAAGGCCCACGAUAGAUUCCUUUGGUUACGACGGAUGAAGCAACGAGAGGAGGCAAGACGCCAUCGUCACGCCCAACAAAAAGGAUCUACAGGGGGUUUACCGGCUAUUCAGAUUGAAGCAAUGUUACCAGAUGGCACUACACGACUAAUAAUAACAACUGAGACAUUAAUCGUUAAUAUGCUACUCUAUGGGCAUUCGAUUGCCGGUGAAAUAUUCGGCUGUAAAGGUCAAGUACUGUGA